AUGGCAGUCCCCUCGAAUGAGUACAACUAUGACGUCGAAAAGGUGCGGGAGACUGAAUAUCCUAUGCUCAAAGAAUACCUGGCCGAAUUGUCUGGAAACCUGUACGGAAAUCCUCACUCGGAGUCAAGAUCGUCUCGGCUCUCGACCGCCCGCGUCCAGGAGACCCGCGAGCAUGUUCUACAGUUUUUCCAUGCUGAUCCAGAACAAUUUGAUGUUGUGUUUGUUUUGAACGCAACAAGUGCAAUCAAGUUGGUUGCGGAGACACUUACAUCUCUUCAAACAGGGAGCUCAAACCGUCCUCUCUGGUACGGCUAUCACAUUGACUCGCAUACGAGUGUUGUUGGCCUCCGGCAGCUUGCCAGUGCAGGAUACCGCUGUUUCGAGUCAAAUGAUGCGGUUGAUCACUGGCUUGAGACAGGGUCUCACAUAGGUGAAGAUAAAAGUAUAAGAUCGUCACCCUCUACAACAGAAAAACCCCCAAUAGGACUCUUUGCAUACCCAGGACAGUCCAAUAUGACCGGCCAUAGGUUACCAUUGAGCUGGCCUGGGCGGUUGAGGCGCUCUAAUAUUACCGCCAAUCAGGAGAUGUAUUCACUCUUGGAUGCAGCUGCAUUGGCCUCCACUGCACCAUUGGAUUUCAGUGAUCCUUUUUACAAGAUCUUUGGCUUUCCAGAUCUUGGUGGACUAAUCAUCCGCAAAGAUGCCGCACAUAUCUUCCAGGAGCGACUUUAUUUUGGUGGUGGAACUGUGGAUAUGGUCAUAUGCAAUGGCGAUCCGUGGCAUUCCAUGAAGAGCAGCUCUGUUCAUGCGGCCCUCGAAGAUGGGACAGUACCAUUCCACAAUAUUAUAGCACUAGACUGUGCUUUGACAAACCAUAAACAUCUGUACGGUGGUAUGGAACAGGUCUCUCGCCAUACUUCAAGGCUAACAGCUAUGCUGUAUCACGGACUAUCCUCCUUACGGCAUCAAAAUGGUAAAAAAGCUUGCCAAAUCUAUAAAGAUCACUCAUCGAGUCACGGGGAUAGUAGGACACAGGGAGCAGUGAUCGCUUUUAACAUUCGAUCCGAAGAUGGCACAUGGGUUAUGCUGUCGGAUCUGGAAGCUGCCGCCAAUGAGCACCAUAUCCAUCUUCGAACAGGGGAUGUCUGUAAUCCAGGAGGUAUUGCCAGACACCUUGAGUUAGCACCAUGGGAGCUUCUUAGGAACUUCAUGGGUGGUGUUCGCUGUGGCUGUAAAAACAUCAUAAUCGGUCACAAGCCCUCUGGUAUUGCAAGAGUGAGCCUCGGGGCUAUGACCAACGUCCAGGAUGUGGAAACAUUCGUGAAUUUCGUGCAACAGACCUUCGUCUCAAGUCUAUCGUUAUACAUCCAAAACAUCCUUGUAUACCCCAUUCGAGGGUGCAGUGCGUGGUGGAUCGCAGACACGACACCUGUUAAUCUUACAAGUAACGGCCUCCACUGGGACGGGCAGUGGUGCUUGGUGGACCUUCAACACGGGACCAUAUUGACGCCAAAAACAGCACCUCGAGCAUUGUUAGUGCACCCCGAGAUUGAUUCUGACAGUCAUACCCUUCGAAUCAAAGUUCAUCGAUCUCUCUGGACUUAUCCCAUGAUUCAUAGCAAUGUUGUGGUGCAUAUGGACCGCGAAGUCUCAGAUCUUGGUCAUACAAGCUCAAAGAAGGACAUCCACAUGUUCUGGGACGAAGAUACAGGCACGAUACAAACAUUCUUGACUGCCGCCCUGGGCAUUCACUGCACCCUGGCCCGAAUUGUCGAUAAGGAACCCCGGGACGAUGACAACGAAACGACGCCGAAUAAUCUUGACGCGCUGACCAUCAUGGACCAGUCACACCAGUCGAAUGAUUCUGGCCUCACAAAUGGUUCUCACAAGUUGAAUGAUUAUGACCUAUCAAAUCACCCUCCGCAAGUUAUUGGUUCCCAGCGACCUCGUCAAGUCUCUGUCGCUGAGACCCUGGGGGCUAAUAUUGUGCUGGCGCCCGUGUGUACAAAGGGAUAUACACAUCAGAUUGGGAGACACUAUUUUGCAUAUAUCGGACAACGCCGGCAAGAAGCAAAUGAAGUCGAGGAAGAAGGCGUCCGUCAGACAUACCAUCUCGCCCAAAUUCGUGAAUCAGAAUUGUCCACACAAGGGAAACUUCCCAACGAAUUUCGGGCAAGUUGCGUAACGAAGAAACUCCUUUCUAAUGCAAUGAAUAGAAGCGACAAGAUUGCUUAUCCACAGAUCCAUACAGGACAAAUCGUUUUGGCCUAA